AUGGAGCCACCACCAGUCAGAAGAGAAUCUCACACAGCCAACAUCUUCUGGGCUUGCUACACUUUCGAACCGAUUAUCGCACAGAUGGACCAACAUCCUUUUCCGCUAGCAAGCAAGCCAUUGGGUCAAGCACUGGGAACAGCUGCACAAGAGACGAGCCGGGAACUCAUGGAGCCCUUGAAUGGAUGUGAUUAUCAUCUCUACAUGCGCAGAGCCGGACAGGAAACCGAAAAGCUGGUUGGGGCGUUUUUCCACCUUCUGGCCAAACCCGACGCAAAUGAGACAAUUCGAUUCAUCAUCCGUACGAACAUUCGCGUGCUUCGCGAGUUGCGACGCGUGUGCGAUGAUGAACGCAGAGCCUUAGCGAGGAGGGGACUUAUUAUCAUCGAUAUGGGUCGCGGUGCUAGUGGAGAGAGGCAUAAAGCUCACCUCCGACGAUUUCUUCGAGAAGUCUGUGUCGCAAUCGGUGAGCACAAGAGGUGGAUUAAUAUCCUAAGCAUCGAAAUCAGUCUGUCAGAGGUUGCCCUGAGGCGUCUAGGCAUCGCAGGCAAAGCCGCGGAGCUGGUUCAAAAGCAGAAGGCUAAGACGAUCAGCGAGGAGGAGAGUGAGACCUUGGAGACUCUGUUCAUCGAGUUUCAAAGCUGGCGAGCUGUAUUGAUCCAGUGGGUUCUGCAGCUGAACGAGAUGACCGGAAAUCACGAGUUCUUGAGACGCCACCGCAACGAGCUCUGGGAUAUCGUCGACCGCGACUUGGAAGGGUGA